AUCUCCCGUAGACAACAGCUUGUAUUUGGAGCCCGUGGGCCAGGGAUCAGAGCGGAGGAGUGCGCGCUUCAAGCACCUCUCCGGCCGCCUCUCGCCGGAAGUAGAAGCGCAAUUCUUCCUCCUGAGGCGCAGGGACUACUUCGCGGGAGGAGGAAAGAAGUUCCGGCGGCGGCACCCCGCCCAGCCUUACAUCUCCUUCCGCUCCCUCAGCCGCCAUUUCGGGAGCCGCCGCCUGACGCGAGCGGAGCGAGUCAGUCACAGUCCGGCGUUACCUGCGGGAGGAGCAGCCGGAGCCAUGGCGGCGUCGUCUGUGGGGAACGUAGCCGACAGCACAGAACCAACGAAACGUAUGCUUUCCUUCCAAGGGCUAGCGGAGUUGGCUCACCGGGAGUAUCAAGCGGGAGACUUCGAAGCGGCUGAGAGACACUGCAUGCAGCUUUGGCGGCAAGAGCCUGACAACACUGGUGUGCUGCUGUUGCUCUCAUCUAUUCACUUCCAGUGUCGCAGGCUGGACAGGUCUGCUCACUUCAGCACUUUGGCAAUCAAGCAGAAUCCACUGCUGGCAGAAGCCUACUCGAAUCUGGGGAAUGUGUACAAGGAGCGUGGGCAACUGCAGGAAGCAAUUGAACACUAUCGGCAUGCCUUGCGCCUCAAGCCAGACUUCAUUGACGGAUACAUUAAUCUUGCUGCUGCUUUAGUAGCUGCAGGUGAUAUGGAAGGGGCAGUGCAGGCAUAUGUUUCUGCCCUGCAGUACAAUCCUGACUUGUACUGUGUGCGUAGUGACCUGGGGAAUCUGCUCAAAGCCCUGGGUCGCUUGGAAGAAGCCAAGGCCUGUUAUUUGAAGGCAAUUGAGACUCAACCCAAUUUUGCAGUAGCAUGGAGUAACCUUGGCUGUGUGUUCAAUGCUCAAGGAGAAAUCUGGCUUGCCAUUCAUCACUUUGAAAAGGCGGUGACCCUUGAUCCAAACUUCCUGGAUGCUUACAUUAAUCUGGGGAAUGUCUUGAAGGAGGCACGCAUCUUUGACAGAGCUGUUGCAGCCUACCUACGGGCCCUGAGUCUGAGUCCAAACCAUGCAGUUGUGCACGGCAACCUGGCCUGUGUGUAUUACGAACAGGGGCUGAUUGACUUGGCAAUAGAUACAUACAAGCGUGCCAUUGAACUGCAGCCACACUUUCCUGAUGCUUACUGCAACCUGGCCAAUGCACUUAAGGAGAAAGGCAGUGUAAGAAACCAGACCUUCUUUCUAUCCUCCUCCCAAUCUGUUGCCGAAGCAGAGGAGUGUUACAACACAGCUCUUCGUCUGUGUCCAACUCAUGCGGAUUCGCUCAAUAAUUUGGCAAACAUCAAGCGGGAACAAGGAAAUAUUGAGGAGGCUGUUCGCCUGUACCGUAAAGCUCUUGAGGUUUUCCCAGAAUUUGCAGCUGCCCAUUCCAAUUUAGCAAGUGUCUUGCAACAACAAGGAAAGCUGCAGGAGGCACUCAUGCAUUACAAGGAAGCCAUCAGAAUCAGCCCCACGUUUGCAGAUGCCUAUUCCAACAUGGGGAACACGUUGAAGGAGAUGCAGGAUGUUCAGGGAGCUUUACAGUGCUACACACGGGCCAUCCAGAUAAACCCUGCCUUCGCUGAUGCCCACAGUAAUUUAGCUUCCAUCCACAAGGAUUCUGGGAACAUACCAGAGGCCAUUGCGUCGUAUCGCACUGCCCUGAAACUGAAGCCCGAUUUCCCUGAUGCUUAUUGCAACUUGGCACACUGCUUGCAGAUAGUUUGUGAUUGGACCGAUUAUGAUGAAAGAAUGAAGAAGCUGGUCAGCAUAGUUGCUGACCAGUUGGAGAAGAACAGGCUUCCUUCUGUCCACCCUCAUCACAGCAUGCUGUAUCCGUUGUCUCAUGGUUUCCGAAAGGCUAUUGCUGAGAGACAUGGAAACCUGUGUUUGGACAAGAUCAAUGUGCUUCACAAGCCACCAUAUGAACAUCCCAAGGACUUGAAGGCCAGUGAAGGUCGACUCCGUGUGGGCUAUGUGAGCUCCGAUUUCGGGAAUCAUCCCACCUCCCAUCUCAUGCAGUCAAUCCCUGGCAUGCACAACCCUGAGAAAUUUGAGGUGUUCUGCUAUGCCCUUAGCCCUGAUGAUGGCACAAAUUUCCGGGUAAAGGUGAUGGCUGAAGCAAAUCACUUUAUUGAUUUAUCUCAGGUCCCAUGCAAUGGAAAGGCCGCUGACCGCAUCCACCAGGAUGGGAUACACAUUCUCAUCAACAUGAAUGGUUACACCAAAGGAGCCCGUAAUGAGCUAUUUGCCCUCAGACCAGCCCCAAUACAGGCAAUGUGGCUGGGCUAUCCUGGGACCAGCGGGGCAUUAUUCAUGGAUUAUAUCAUCACAGACAAAGAAACUUCACCCAUAGAAGUGGCUGAACAGUACUCUGAAAAACUGGCUUACAUGCCAAAUACGUUCUUCAUUGGAGAUCAUGCUAACAUGUUCCCACACCUGAAGAAAAAAGCAGUCAUUGACUUCAAAUCCAAUGGGCAUAUUUAUGACAACAGAAUCGUUUUGAAUGGCAUUGAUCUGAAGGCAUUCCUUGACAGCCUGCCUGAUGUGAAAAUAGUUAAGAUGAAAUGUCCUGACGGGGGAGACAAUGCUGACAGCAGCGCCAGUCUCAGCAUGCCUGUCAUUCCUAUGAAUACAAUUGCAGAGGCUGUGAUUGACAUGAUAAAUCGUGGGCAAAUUCAGAUAACAAUCAAUGGAUUCAACAUUAGCAAUGGGCUAGCGACUACACAGAUCAAUAACAAAGCAGCAACUGGUGAGGAGGUCCCACGCACAAUUAUCGUCACCACUCGCUCCCAGUAUGGUCUGCCAGAAGAUUCUGUUGUGUAUUGUAACUUCAAUCAGCUUUAUAAGAUCGAUCCUGCCACUCUGCAGAUGUGGGCAAACAUCUUGAAACGUGUCCCGAACAGCGUCUUGUGGCUACUGCGUUUCCCAGCUGUGGGAGAGCCAAAUAUUCAGCAGUACGCACAGAACAUGGGCCUUCCGCAGAACCGCAUAAUUUUCUCUCCAGUUGCUCCGAAAGAAGAGCAUGUCAGGAGGGGCCAACUGGCUGAUGUCUGUCUAGACACUCCCCUUUGUAACGGCCACACCACAGGGAUGGAUGUUCUUUGGGCUGGGACCCCAAUGGUUACCAUGCCAGGAGAGACUCUCGCUUCACGUGUUGCUGCCUCCCAGCUCACUUGCCUUGGUUGUCUCGAGCUCAUUGCGAAAAGUAGACAGGAAUAUGAAGACAUCGCUGUAAAACUGGGAACUGAUCUAGAAUACCUAAAGAAAAUACGUGGCAAGGUCUGGAAGCAGAGAAUAUCCAGCCCCCUGUUCAACACAAAGCAGUACACAAUGGAACUGGAGCGGCUUUAUCUUCAGAUGUGGGAUCACUCUGCAGCUGGCAGCAAACCAGACCACAUCAUUAAGGCCAUAGAAAGUGGCGAAUCUGCCUAAAAAAACUGAAGCCAUGAGAGGAACCUUUCAGGAAAUAUCCCCGAUUCCUGAGCAGAGGCCAUGGGGAGCCAAGGACUCCAUCUCUGCUUAGUCUGCCUGGUACUUAGUAGCAGAUGUGAUCUAUGGUAGCAAUCAAAGAGCACAGCUGGAUGCAUCUCCUGCAUGAUGGGGAGAUGAGGGACUUUGUAUUCCAUGAAGAAUUUGCAGUUGAGCUGUGUGAUCCCUGCUGUGUCUCUACGGGACCUGCUUUACAGGGAAAGGUGUGAAAUGGCCAGGCAAUUGUGAUUUCAUGGAUUGAUUCAGUUUUCCUGUGAGUUAAGCGUUUUCUCCUCCUACAUGGAUUUGGAAUUGGAGCUUUUUUAAAUAUUUUGGUUUUCAGAUAUCCCUGUUGGUACAUAAAGUGGGUCUUCUCUGACGAGAUUUGCAGCUAGUGCGUGUCGCUCCUCCCCAAGUCACUUUUCCUGAGCUCUACAAAAUGAAAGGGCAUCUCUGCUGGUGAAGCUGUUUUUAUGGGUUUUAUAAACCACUACAUCAGCCUCAUUAACAUUUGACUUCUCUCGGGGGGCUUUUUUGUGCCGUGUUGGCUUAGAUGAGGAUUUUUAAAAAGCUUCAUCAAUUAACUUCAAGAUGGCACACCUCUGCAGAAAACGUAAAUUCAGUUUAAUAUGUAAACUCUCCCUGAAAUAUGUGGAGAAAACACAACCUGGUGCCAAAUGCAGUUCCUUCAGGAAUUAUGUUAAUUAUGUACGGAGAUGCAGGUCUCGCCACUGUAGCAAAGACUUAAAAAUAAAUAAAAAAUAAAGCUUUGGUUUGCCCAGGUUGGCCCAUUGGACAUGAGUUUCACCGUCCCUCCUUGUCAAAACAAUAACGUGCUGGGCUGCUGACCUCUUGGCAUGCCUGUCUAGGCUUUCCUUUUAAAUUCUGUUCAUUUCAGCAGAAAUGCAAUCCCAGGUAAGUAUGGCUUUUCUUUUCAGUGUCUGCCUCCAGUUUAAAUAGCUUUUUUGAAAGACCACUGUGUGUCUAAAGGUUGAAAGAGGGCCCGUGUCAAUUUUGGCAGAACUCAUUUCCCCCCCUUUCAGACUCUCCUUGUGAUGAGUCGGCUUAUUGGCUUCUAAACCCGUACAGCGAUUGGAGAGAGCAAGGUUGUUAGGUGGGUGAGAUAUUGAAUAAGAUGUUACUUUCCAAAUCUUCUUUAUGCCUGCAGGUUAAAAAUAAAACAUGUCAUUGUGCUUGGUUGUGCUACACAUGGAUCCCCGGUAGAUAAUUGUUUGAGAACGUUUCCUACAUGUGGCUGGUAUAACACACCCCUUUAUUAGUCUCAGUUGAUGCUCAGGUAUUGUUGCUCUGAGGCGUGCUUAAAUCUCUGCAGUGCCGGUUGUCUUUUGUUUUCGGCAGUGGCUUUUAUACACUGGCUAGAUGAAGCAAGAAGCCUUAGUCCCAAAUCGCACUGUAGAAUGCCCCAUCUGCAGCAGUAACAAUUUGUCUUUCGAUGCAUGGGGGGAGCCUCUUGAUCUCACCUUUUUAUUAAGAGAUUACAGAUGGAUACACAAACACACGUACUUGGAAUAAAUUUGGAGUAGAAUUUUUUUGACUUUUUCUGUUAGAAGCUGUCUAUGUCCUCCUGAACAGAUUAACCACUGUGUGUAGUUGAAGAGGGGGAGGGGAAGAAGGGAAUCCUCCUGUUGUGAGAGUAUAGCUGUUUUUACUUCUGCUUGCUCACUGUAACAGCUUUUGUUUCCAGAUAAGUGUCUGACAAAUACAGCUGAAAAUCACUGGC